AAAUCACCGUAAUAUAUUACGGAAAAUGGAUUACUGUGGGAACGCCGGGUUAUAGUCCGGACGCGGGGCCAAAGUCCGACAGCCCCAAGUUGACAUCCGCCGACUGAUUUGACAGUCCGAAUUUCGCACUCGCACGAGGUUUGUGUUUCCUCCGGCGGUUCGCGCUCGGCAGCGGGGACUGCUUAAAUAUCGCUAAAAUAGUAGUUUUUUUUAAUUAUUAACCUACCGUCCGGUCGUCCCGCGGCAGCCGUACACACGGUUGAGCUAUUGUACAGCGAGUACCGCAAAGUAUUCCGUUUCCUUACCGGCUCCUCCUUUAGAACACCGCGUGUCUCUGGUUUCGCGCUCCUCGUGGUUUGUUGGGAUUUCGCAGUAAAACCGUGCCGAUAAUAUCAUUUUCCGACGGUCGGCAGUUCGUUGUGUAACAGAAAUACUGCGCCGAUUUGGUCAUCCUUCCCGUGUAAAGCAAAUCGGUGGCCCGCUCUUCAAUUGCCGGUUGGGUCGCAGUCGCAGCGAAGGAAAAUCCCAGAGCAACCUAUUCCGGCCUGCUGUGAUUAGCCAAAACACAGAAUGAGUGUUUCGAAGCCAGCGGUACCGGUAGCGGUGAACGGCACGGGGAAUCACAAUAACCACAUCGAAAUGCGGGACACACACGAACAGAUGUACAAACGCCGCCACAAUCUGUACCCCUCCAAGGUGACGGUUGUCCUCGGUGCCCAGUGGGGCGACGAGGGCAAGGGCAAGGUGGUCGAUAUGCUGGCCACGGAUGCCGACAUCGUCUGCCGUUGUCAGGGGGGCAACAAUGCUGGCCACACGGUGGUUGUUGAUGGCAAAGACUUCGAUUUUCACCUACUUCCCAGCGGUAUCAUUCAUGAGAAAUGUAGCUCUGUUAUUGGUAACGGGGUAGUCAUUCAUCUACCUGGUCUGUUUGAAGAGCUGGCUAAGAACGAAGCGAAAGGUCUAAAAUCAUGGGAGACGCGGUUGAUCAUUUCAAAUCGCGCUCACCUGGUGCUGGAUAUGCACCAGCAGGUCGAUGGACUACAGGAGGCUGAAAAAGGCGGCAAAUCGCUCGGUACGACGAAGAAAGGUAUCGGUCCAUGCUACUCUAGCAAAGCUACCCGCAACGGUAUCCGCGUGUCGGAUCUGCUCGGUGACUUUAAGGUGUUCAGCGAAAAAGUCGAGGCGCUAGCGGCAAUGUUUAAACGCUUGUAUCCCGACUUUUCGAUCGACUUGAACGCUGAACUGACACGAUAUCGGGAAUUCGCCGAACGGUUGAGACCGUUGGUGCGCGACUCGGUUUCGUUCCUCCACACGUCCCUCAAGGAAGGCAAGAACGUCUUGGUCGAAGGAGCGAAUGCUGCCAUGCUAGACAUUGAUUUCGGCACGUAUCCGUACGUAACGAGCAGCAAUUGCAGUAUCGGCGGUGUGUUGACCGGGUUGGGAUUACCUCCGCAAUCGAUCGGUGAAGUGAUUGGUGUGGUCAAAGCCUACACAACACGCGUCGGCGAUGGUCCUUUCCCGACGGAACUGCACGAUGAAAUCGGAUCACUGUUGCAAAAGCGUGGCGGAGAGGUUGGUGUAACGACAUUGCGAAUUCGGCGGUGUGGAUGGCUCGAUCUUGCCCUCCUGCGUUACACCUCCAUGGUGAACGGUUAUACUGCGCUUUGUUUGACUAAACUCGACAUUCUGGACACACUUCCGGAAAUCAAGGUCGCCGUGAGCUAUAAUCUGAAUGGCAAGAAGAUCGACUAUUUCCCCGGCUCUAUCACUGAUUUGGGCCAGGUAGAGGUCAAUUACAUCACCGUGCCCGGAUGGCUACAGUGCACGGAAAACGUACGCGACUUUGCAGAGUUACCGGCACAGGCACAGGAUUAUAUUCGCUUGAUCGAGAACGAGAUGGAUGUGCCAGUGAAAUGGAUCGGUGUUGGUAAAGGCCGCGAAUCGAUUAUCUGCGUGAAGGAUUAAACUUUUCGAUCCGGAUAUCGAAAUGUAAUGGUCAUCACCAAAUGGCGCUAUCCAGUUUCAGUAAUAGUUUCAUUCUGAUCGCAUCGAUCUUUGCUUAUCUUCAGUUUACAAAUGUACACACAAAGGAAGUGGUCUGGUGAUGGUUGGAGCAACAGAUCCCGGUGGCGACUUCGUAUUACAUGUGAAUAUUUUCUUUUAAUUAGUUCUAACCCUACCAUUCUGGCAGGCAGCCAGUCUCAAGUUUUAUACACGGAUGUACUGAUAAAGAGGGGGUUCCACCCAAAAAUCAACGCAUCCUCGGUGCGACCCUGCCAUUCUGGCAACAUUCAAGUUUUAUACAAGGAUGCACUGAUAAAGAGGGGUUCCGCUCGAAAAUCAACGCAUCCUCGGUGGACACGGAUACUGGUACUCUGGAAGAACCUAUCCGCUAUGGCACUGGGUGGUCGAAUAUUAAACACAAUUGAUCGAUUCCCCACAGCCAAGCUAUAAAUAAGGUUAAUCUUACCCAACGCACAACUAACGCGUACGGGAAAUUAUGUUUUCGCGCGAACCGAUGGCUGAAAUUGAAAAAUGAUUCUAAAAGAGAUGAUAAAAGAUAUCAUUGAAAUAACCCAGCAAAGAAAGGAACGCACUGUCAAACUUUAUAAACAGAUAAUAAUAAAAGCGAUAAACAAGAAUGAAUGAGAGCAGAGGUGCUUGCUAUUCGCAAACUUAUCGCUAUCUUCCAGCAGCUUCACGAAAAACAAAAAUAAAAAAUAAAUGGCAAGGUUAAACCAUUUUGGUGAUGCUCAGUAAGAAGCUUACUUAAUAUAAAGGUUCUAGAUGUGCGUAUCUACUAUACCGCGAGACACGAGACUAGCAUACGGGGCUUAUGGUUGGAAUAUACGAGCGGUACAAAACAGCAAACACAAAACACCGCACAGUAGUUAGGCUCGAAGGUGUCCAAUACCUCUCUGGUGUGUCUAGUUGCGGCACGGCCGCGAUAGGCGUAAUGUUACUGCUAGAGUUAGAGAACUUGUGUGGAAGAAGCUUAGGAAGCAGCAUCCCUGAACUUUUACGUUUAUUAUCUAAGUUGUCCUGCAAAGGAUAUCACCACCAGUGUGUACGGAGUAAGAACAGCUUGUAGAUAAUAACUUUAAAAUGCUAACAUGGAGAAAAUGUGUGAGUGGGUUCAAUUGUGUUUAUAUGUUCGUUUGGAAAUCAUCUUAAAAGAUGAUUAAAAUUUUUUAUUCUUGUUUUUACAAUAGUUUUAAACAUGCAGUACGAUUUUAGUAACAAUUUUAGUUAAGACCCGUUAGAGUGUGCUUUAAAAAACAAACGUACACACACUUGUCCGUCAAAGUCAUCGCCGUGCUCACGGCAACUAAUCUUUUGAUUUUUGGUGAGUUUUUUUUUCUGAAAGUUCUUGCUUUUGCAUGUGACCUGGCAGGUGAAAUUUAUUCCCUUACAUUUUUUUACAAGUUACGUAAAAUUGGUGCAAAACUGCGGGCGGUUUAUAGCGCAAGUAAGUUUCCUUCGCUUCACUAUUGAACUGUUGGCUCCAAGAGUGAAUUUGCUACGAUAACACUAUCAUCUUGAAAAGAUGAUUGGCAUUACUCUUACCUUUCGUGCGGUGUUUUAACCUACGCUUACCUAUCUAAAUCCCACGGUCUCCCAAAGACUACGCAGACUUUUGUUAAUGAAACGUUUGCAGAUCCCCAAAUUUCAGGAAACUAAUGAAAGCAAAUCGAUGGAAACUUACUUGUACUUGAAUCGCGUAUUUUAAGACAAAUAAAACGAAAAAAAAAACAACAU